AAUGCUUGGAUAAUUCAUCAUUCUUUUUGCUUUGCUAAUGAAUUGUAGCAUGUUUUGAACUUUUUCAAAGUGGAUUAUGUACAACUAUUACAAUGAGUACGCUCCGGUUUCAGACAUAAAUUUUCGGAGAGGAUAUACAAGCUCUAGUUCUGGAAAAGGACCUUCAAAUUAUAGAAAAACGUCCAUAGAAAGAGACAAAUGUGUAUUGCCCAGCUGUAAUUUUGAGAAAACAAAUACAAUGGGUAAUGAACUUAGAAGGGAAGAUCUUCUUCGUUUAACAAGAAAUCAACAUUAUCAAACAGCGCGUGCCGUCAUGGAAGGAUUGAGAAAUUUGAAUUUGGAGUUGCAUCGUCAGCUUCCUCGAAGUUUCCUGUCGAUUCUGCUGACGAUUCUAGUUUAAAAAAUAACGAUAUUACAUUCCGGCGUAAUUCAUCCGAUAGCGGUUAUAACAGUUCAGGAAAAGCUUGUGAAUCUCGAAAUGGAAUUCGUGAACUUUCAAACGAUUUUCAGCGUAUAAAAUUGAACGAUAACAAACUGUGUUCAAAUUCAACUUAUAAAAGCAAGAAUAAUGGCCAAUUGGGUUAUAGAGAAGAACAGUUUGUCGCUGUAAGGUCGAACAGAAAGACCAGUUUGAGCUUGGAUAUUUCAAAACCUUCUUAUGUGUAUGAUCGAUCAAAACAGAGUAGAAAUUCACCAAUGAAUGGAAGUGAUGGUCUGGUUGGAUUGCAAAACUUAGGAAAUACUUGCUUCAUGAAUUCAAUAUUGCAAUGUUUAAGUCAUUGUGAGCCUCUAAGAGAUAAAAUGUUAGCCGGCACAUUGCAACAUAACUAUCGCAGUAAAAUGAAAGGAAACCUAUACUCAGCCUUUGCUGAUUUAAUCAAAGCCAUGUGGUCAAGAAAUAGACUAUCAACUACUGUGUCACCUCAUGGUUUUAAAAUGCAGAUUCAACGAUUCUCCCCACGAUUUGUUGGCUAUGAACAACAAGAUUCCCAAGAAUUUCUACGUUUUCUUCUCGAAGGUCUAAAUGAAGAUCUCAACCAAGCUACAAGCUCUUGCAGACGAUUUAGUUCAAAUGCCCAAUCUUCUGAUUUGGAAAAGUUAAGUGAAAAAGAUUUGUCUGACCUCAUGUGGGAGCAUUAUAAAUCAAGGGAUAACAGCUUAGUUACAGAUUUGUUUUGCGGUCAAAUUAAGAGCACACUUACUUGUUCCAGAUGUAAUAACAGAUCUAUAACUUAUGAUCCAUUUUGGGACCUUUCUUUGUCUAUACCGAGGACUUUUUCAAGUAAAUAUGUCGAUUCUUCCGUUUCGUUGAAUGAUUGUUUGAUUCUUUUCACAAAGAAAGAGGAUCUUGACGGCGAUGAAAAACCAAAAUGCGAAAAGUGUAAAACAAGACAGAAAUGUCAAAAGCAAAUAAAGAUUCAUCGUUUUCCCAGAAUAUUAGUAAUUCAUUUGAAAAGGUUUUCUGGUUUUGGGUUUCGAUCAAAACUUCAAACAGACGUAAAAUUCCCGUUAAUGAACUUGGAUAUGUCCGACUUUGCUUCAAAAUAUUCAGACGAAGUGUCGUCAAAGGAGUGCCCUAAGAUAAAGUACAACUUAUUUGCCGUUUCCAAUCACAGUGGCAGUGCAUUUGGUGGUCACUAUACUGCAUACUGCAAGCAUCCUCAGUCAAAAGAGUGGCAUAAUUUUAAUGACACCAGGGUGAGCGCUUUAUCUUCCUCGUAUGUUCGUGGACCUCAAGCUUAUGUCCUGUUCUAUGAAAGAUCUGAAACUGCUUAACCUACUUCACUAAACUUCCGAACAUUUUUUAGUGUCUUUUAAUAAUAUAUAUUUAAAGUUUUAAAUUUGUAUAUAAAACGACUUGCUAGUCUACGUGAAUAUUGAUUAAUACAUAAGAAAUUUUAUUUAAAAUAUAUUCUUAAUUGUA